AGGUUUUUAUACCGUGCAUGUCUUUGUGGAGCAAUCAGUAGGUUUGUUUGUGGAAAAGGAGGUUGACGACAGCUCGCAAAAGCAAGUGGUUGGUUUGAGAGGGGCAGCAGCUACAGUCAUGUCUGCUGGGUUCCUUGUUAAAAGACUACUGCUGGUUUGUUUGUUAAAUGGAGUUUCCCGUGACUCCAUUUUUGUGAGGGUUGCUGGAUCAGAAACUCAGGCAUGGCGAGCUGUCCAAGCCCCUCGUCACAAUUGGAAACAGCCCUCCCAAUCUGUCCACAAUCGCAUGCCACCUCAAGAUGAUAAGACCAUACCUUGGUUGAGUGUCCUUGAAGGCGUUAUGAAGACCUAUGGCCAAAGAGACUCAGAUCAUCAGAAACCACCCCAAACCCCCCCACAGCAACAGCUCCGUCCCGCUCAUCAACAGAUUGCUUGGAACCCCUAUCAGCAACCGCAUCAUGGUCCUGUUAAACGCCCUGCUGAACCAUUGCCAUCACAAGACCGUCCUGUAUUGGGCCCUGAAAAUGAUAAAAUGAGCCUGAAUUUACCUCUUCACUACUUCCCAAUGUUUAAAGAUGUCGGUAAAGCUGAGGAUGUAAGUGGCAAUGAUGGAGCUGGUAGCCGUUACAGGCUUGCUCCAGAAGGGUUUGCCAAGGAUCCACUUGUAGGUAAGCUUGAUCUUGCCUUAAGACAGUCUGCUCCCAUCUUAAGGCUUUUACAAGAUAAAUAUUUCAGACCAGCAUUCCUCCCUUUUCUUGGCAAUCGACAACCAGCCAAACGACAUCCAGCUGGACCAUUAUCCCUCCCUUUUCUUGGCAAUCAACAACCAGCCAAACGACAUCCAGACUGGACCUUCUUGCAACAAGGUCCAGGACCUCAACAACCCCCUAAAGGUCUGGGACAUCCUCAGCCCCAGAAGAUUCAUUCAGGAUGCCCGAUGGGUCAUCACUGCCCAGAACAGAUGCACCACCAACCCAUUUUCUACCAUGUUUUCGGACAAAGCAACCAACCCCUGAAUAAACCUUGGCCAGAGCAGGUUCCUUCAAGGUUGGCAAGUCAUCCUACCAGACAUCGUAGUCCUGGUACUCCACAAAUGCGGCCGUGGCUCAAUGUUCCAGCUCAUGCAUAUUUUCGUGACAGCAGUCUGAACACUUACCCAAUGGGCUUUCAAUCUCCUUCGGGACGGAUGGCUCAGAAUAAUCCUCAAGUUCAGCAUUGGCCAACAUGCCCAAAAAGCUUCACAACAGACCAAGGCAGCUAUCUGGGCUCGUAGUUUAUUUUUCUAGUCAGCACUUGGGAGGGAAAAAAGACUUUAACAUAUUUAAACUUGCAUUUAUAAAUUGUCUGCUACAAAAUGUUUGCUACAGCAUUUUAGAAGUUGGAAUCAAAUGCAACUUGCCAUGAUGUCAAGUUUUUUUCUCUGGGAUCUACAAACAUGAUGUAAAAGCCUGUCUAUGUACAAAAAAUGCAACUGAUCCUAAUAAAGUGUUCUUUAUAACUUA